AUGCCCUCAACACUUGCAAAAUCGAACCACGACCUGGGCGUCCAGGUCGAACGCUCCAACUACCUCCCCGGAGAUACCGUCGUUGGGACCGUCCAUCGGAGGAAUGCCAUGGUCUGCCCUGAAGCCACCGUCCAUGUCGUGCUCCAUGGCCGGACCAAAUCCAAAAUGGUCGUGAGAAGGAACAACAAUAGCCACACCUACCGCGGGCGCUUCACCCUUCUCAAUUCAGGUCAGAAGGUGUUCCAGGGGCCGGUGCAUAUCCCCGAAGGCGUUGGUGAGCCACAGCAAUGGGGGUUCGCCCUCACAAUUCCCACAAACAUCGAUGCGCGUCUGUUUCCGCAGCAGUAUGACGCAGCCGAGUCAUAUAUCCCCAUUGAUCCUGCAUCGGUCGGCCAGAUGGCCCUUCCCGCUUCUUUUAGCUCUGGAUAUGGCCGAAGAGAGGCUUUCGUCGAGUACUACAUCGAGGCUACCAUCCGAUACCAGCGAAAAGGCUCUUGGCACACGGAAACCGCCGUGGUGCCAAUUCAUGUCACGCCCCUCAACCCCAAUCCUCCUGUUGCUGAUUUCAACCCACUCGGCCGUAGGAUUCAACAAUCUGUCUCCACUCAGCGCCUGGUCCCGGGCAUGGAGAAUGCGGAACUAUCUAAGAAGGAGAAGAUGAAGAAGUUUUUUGGGAGCUCUUCGGUACCGAGGUUCGCGUUCAAUCUAGAGGUCAGCGCGCCAAGGUUACUCCAGAUCAGCAACUCUCCCAUACCCUUCCCCAUGCGUAUCGUGCCUAUGUGGUCGGCCACAACUGAACUUAUCCGAGAUGUGCCCCAAAAGGCGAGGCUCGUAACCUUCAGAGUUACGUUGGAGGCGCACUGCAACAUUAGAUGCGAAGGUGUCUUCCGCCCCCACGAAGCACACUGGGAGGACGAAUUGGAUUUACAGAGCGAAGGGUUUGGAGGCCGUCCGCUGUCAGUUGAAAUCCCCUGCGCGAUAGGCAAUACUCCGCCGGUAGAUGUCGGCAGCGUGAUUCGACUUCGUCUUCCAGCCAGAGUAUCACCAGGAUUCACCACAUUUAACGUCCGAGUUAGCCAUCGGUUGUCUUGGAAGGCCCAAUUAGAGAUAGCCGGGGAGAGCUUCACCGUCCGCGGAACUCAAGAGGUGGUCGUGAUCCCAGCCAGCAGCGCCGGAUCCAAUGGGCAGGUGGAUGGCGAAACGGCACAGUCAUGGAUUGUGCCGCCGGAUGAGAUUGCGCCUCCUCCAAGCUUCGCUGAGGCGCAGAGGGAAGAUAGCAAGCAGGCAGCAUCUGAUAAAGGAGCUUCUGAAAUCGCGGCUUCGAGUAAGGCUGAUAUUGCUGCUAUUGAAAAACUAAAUUUGAAUGACGCAGCACCCUCGGACGGAAAGUUGUAG